UCUGGGGGGCUGAGGGACAGGAGGGGGCACUGGCAGGGCAGCGUGAGCCAGGGACGGAUACCGAACAAGUACAGGAGACCACAGGUUUAAAUAUUUUUGCCUAAGCACAUUCAUAUGACAGAAUUACUCUCAACAGAGAACAAUCAUAAAUGAAUAAAGAAAAUAUAAAUGCCUCCAAGCCUCAGAAAAGCUGAGCUUGCAAAGAAAGAUGAAGAAAGUAGAGUCCAAAUUCACCACUCCCUGAUUUCUUCUGAGCUGGUAUAAUUUCUAACCUGCAGACAAGUAAUAUCCUGUCCUAAAAAUGUAAAACUUCAGAAUCUUGAAAACAACUUUCCUUCCCCCAAAAUAAAAGCAAAACCCAAACCCAGAUUGCUUCUACAAGCAAAUAUAAAAUACAGAUAAAAUCAGAUCUAACUUUAAAAAAGCAGCAGCUCCUUGUUCUGAAGAUGGGGUUUUGACUAAUCAGAGAUGCUCAUCGCUUGUCUGUUUCCUACACGAUUGGCUAAAAGGGUAAGAAUUACACCCCAAAACCACUUUUCUCCUCCUCCCCCACUCCUCCCCCCUUACAUGCUAGCAUGUUUUUAAAGAAGACCACGAGGGGAAGGGAAGAGGGGAGCUCAGAGCCUUCAUCAGCCUCAAGAUGAGGACAGCUGGGCCAGAAAUGGAUCUCAUUCAGCUUUCGCCUGUGACUACGGUCACUUUCAACUAUGAUGACUACUACUACGAGGACAGCUGCCAGUACGAGCAGCUACAGCAUAUGACUGCUUUCCUCCCUGUCCUGCCUGUCCUGUAUGCUGCUGUGUUCUUGGUGGGCAUUCUUGGCAACUCCAUCCUGAUCGUAGCCUUAGUCUUCAAGCGACGGGUCCAGAGGCUGAUUGACGUCUUCAUCAUUAACCUUGCUGCUUCAGACUUCAUCUUCCUCAUCACGCUGCCAUUCUGGGUGGACAAGGAGGCAUCAGAUGGGAUAUGGAGGGUAGGAUCUUUCCUCUGUAAAGCUAGUUCUUACAUCAUCUCAGUCAACAUGUACUGCAGCAUCCUCCUCCUCACUUGUAUGAGUGCAGACCGGUACCUUGCCAUCAUGUAUCCCUCCAUUGCUAGAAGGGUCCGAACCAGAUCCUAUUCCAGUGGACUUUGCUUCUGCGUCUGGCUGUUAUCCUGCUGCUUAGGGAUACCAACCCUUUUGUCCAGAGAACUGAAUGAGCGCUACGGCAAGAUGUACUGCACAGACAAAGACGUGACAGAAUCCAAACAGAUCACAUCACUGAUGAUUUUAAUCCUGGCCUUCUUCUUCCCGCUGUUGAGCAUUCUGACCUUCUACUGCUCCAUCACAAAGAGACUCUGUGUCCAUUACCAGAGAUCUGGGAAACACGACAAGAAGCUGAGAAAAUCUAUCAAGAUCGUCUUCAUUGUGGUGGCUGCUUUUGUCAUCUCUUGGGUGCCCUUCAACCUCUUCAAGCUUAUGGCCAUCCUGUUGGGACUGCAGAAGCUGCCUGACUGUUUCCUUGACACGGUUGCCCAGAGCCAUGCUCAGGUGCCUGUGUCCAUGGGUGAAAGCCAGCAGUGGCAGCACCACCUCCGACACCUUGGACACUCGCCUGAGCCACUCCUUAUCCAAUUUCAUCGCAGGGGAGUACACUGCAAGGAAGAGGAAGCGCUCCGUGUCCCUGUGACUGGGAGCCAGGACCACAGAGGAAGGGACCUCUCUUUCCAAAGGUGGCAGGGAAAGAAUAAAGCAAGAAAAGGGGCAAAAAAGAAAUAAGCGGCACAAGCAGAGCUGCAACUGUAGUGCAGCCAGCACUUCAGGCUGGUGGUACAGCACUUCCCUUUAAACUCAGGUAUAUUGAAUAGGAAACUUUAACCACAGAGCUACAGUUCACAGAGAUCACUGUGUCACUGCGCAGCACAAGCCUGAAACUGCUGUGCUGAGAGACAUCCACCUAGGCUGCUGCUGGAACUGCAGCCUGGGUGCUACCAGCUGAGAGCAAAGUCAGGCCAUCAGCCAAAGCCGCCCCCAAGCAAUCUCUGAACUUAAACACGUAGGUUUUCAUUCUGCUCAGAGCAAGACAAAGCAACAGAAGUACUUCUUCUCUCUGGUUCCUAGCUUACUUGCAAAAAUACUGCAAUGUCCUGUAAAAAAACCCUGACGAAUUCUCCUUUUUUGGAGGUUUUCUGUAUUUAGAAAUGCAAUGUUUUAAUGAAUUUGUGUUACUUGCUCUUGUAACUUGAGUCUUGUGCAUUUUUCUUGAAGUUUCACCUUCUUGAUUAAGAGAUUAAAUAUGUUUUAAUCAAAGGAAUUCAAGUCAGUUACUAGACCCUGUGGUUUCCAAAAGCAAAAAAAAAAAAAAAAAAGAGACAGCUUGAAGGCAGAGAAACCAGAAACAAGCAAAAGAAACUGCAUUUAAACCAUUUGUUAACAGCAAACAACCAAAAAAUAAGAAAAUAAGAGAACACCUUCGCACUUUUUAAGAUGGUUUGGGGGAUUGUGAUACAAUUUCUGGUUGCUUGGCUUGUCUAAUGCUACAACAUUCUGGGUCAUUCAAAGUGUACGUUUGCUUUCUUUAGGUGCAAUCACUUCAUGUUAAGAUGCAAGCAAAGUCGAAUGCAAACAUGCCUGAAAAGCAAAAUGAGCCAAAGUUUCACAAACGUUUGACUGAAACAGAGAAUGCUGAGAAACCUUGGGUGCAGGAGCACUCACAGAAAAGGAAUUCUGUGAGAAAAGUAAAACUGUUUAAAUUCAUUGGUGGAGUUAAGCUCCAUAAAUAAUGAAUAAUAAUUAAAGCUCUGUGAAAUUGUCUCCUCCCUGUCCAUCAAUCUCUGGGAAAUGUAGAAAUCUUACAUUUCAUACACCGUAGAGGAGAUACCGCUAGCCCAACUGGUAUUAACUCUGACAGUAAAUGGGAUGGGGAAACAGAGAAAGCUCCCUAUUUUUAACAGCUAUAAUACCUCUUAGAAUUACAAACUGAACAAAUAAGGAGUUAAGCAGCUCAUUAGAAAACUGGUGCGAGACUUCUGCUUCUAAAUGCUAAUGAUAGAAAUGUGUGCUUAAAAGAAAAAAAACAGAGUGCAAUGUUUUAAGGUGCCCAGUUGAAAUAAGCAUUAGACUUGUAACAGUGCUGACACCUCAGGUAUGUUGCAACAUCUCAGAUUCUGUUGUGCCUUUUGUAAAAUGUUUAGCUUAAUAUAUUACUGCUUGUCAUAUUGUAAUAAAACAAUAGCAUAAAGCAUCCAGAUUGUGUUACGUGAUAGAGUAAAAAAAAAGUUAGAAAAUGUCCUUCUGCAUUUCCUGAUUUUUCAAGAUUUCUAUUUCUCUUUUUUUGCAUUUAGCCCUUAAAGCUUUUGAACGAGCUCGCACAAAACCCACAAAAAGUCUUGACUUCAGUGGCAGAAGUCAUCACAAUGUGAUAAAAUAACAUAAGUGGAAACAAAUCUUGAACUGCAGUAAGUAAAAGAUCUUUAAUGAUACUUACAGGCCUGUAAGAUCUGAUAAGAUAAGAAUGUAUAAAAUCACAUUCAACUCUGACAAUGAGAAAGAAAAAAGCUCAGCAAAUAUAUAUCUUCAGGUCUACUUUUUAACAAUAAGCUGGUACUUCCACACAAUGCUAUAGAGUGAACCCCUCCCCAUUUUACCAGGCAGAAGUUUGAAGCUAAAACUACUGUCUCAAUUGGCUCCUCUCAACAAUCCAUUUUACUCCCUCUACUUUACUAUUACGUAAUGAAUGGCUUAUUUUUUUGUAAUUGUUAGAAAGGAAGAAAAGGAAGAAAAGGAAGAAAGGAAAGAGAGGAAAGAGAGGAAGAAAGGAAGGAAUAAAAGAAAGAAAAGAAAGAAAAGAAAGGAAGGAAGA